AGGGGGACGAACAUGUUAAUCCACCGUCGAUUGAAAACUAACCAUAGGGAGGAGAGAGAAAGAACAGCUGAAGAAAGUUUCGACGAGAGAGGGCUGUUUUAAACCGGGAGAAGUGUUUACAUAGAAACGCUGUCGGGCUCUUUGCCCCACUUUUGGAUUACGACAUGGACGCUUUGAAAUCCGCUGGAAGGGCAAUCAUACGAAGCCCCAGCAUCGCCAAACAAUCGUGGGGCUCGGGACGACACAGAAAGCUUCCAGAGAACUGGACAGACACCAGGGAGACCCUUCUGGAGGGCAUGGUGUUCCAGCUCAAGUACCUUGGGGUGACGAUGGUUGAGCAGCCCAAAGGAGAGGAGCUGUCUGCGGCAGCUGUAAAGAGGAUAGUGGCCACGGCAAAAGCAAGUGGGAAAAAACUCCAAAAAGUCACACUAACAGUUUCUCCACGGGGAAUCAUUCUUUAUGACAGUGCCUCCAACCAGCUGAUAGAAAAUAUCUCCAUUUACAGAAUAUCAUAUUGUACAGCGGACAAGAUGCAUGACAAAGUGUUUGCCUACAUUGUCCAAAGCCAACACAAUGAGACCCUGGAGUGCCAUGCCUUCCUCUGUACGAAGAGAAAAAUGGCCCAGGCAGUAACCCUGACAGUGGCUCAGGCUUUCAGAGUGGCAUUUGAAUUCUGGCAGGCUGCUAAGGAAGACAAAGAGAAGCGGGUGAAGUCCAGCUCAGAGGGAGAAGGUACUGGCAACUCUCAGUCAGACAGUUCUACCAGCCUGGGAAGCCUAAAGGGAAGCGAGGUAGCCACGGGAACACUUCUGGAUUUGGCAGAGGGAGCCAAUGUCGCACUGUCUAACUCAGGAACACAACAGAGUGAAUCAGAUCCUUUUAUGGUGCAUAAUCACUCAACAGAGAACAACAAUACUGUAUGGGAGUUGGAGGACGGCCUGGACGAAGCUUUCUCAAGACUCGCUGAGUCUCGCACUAACCCCCAGGUCCUGGACAUUGGGGUAAACCCUCUGGAUUUCAACACUGAAGAGUGCCUGUCCCCAGGCAAAUGGGACCAAGACGAAGCCGACUUUGCUGCACAUAAAGAAGACACUUUGGGGUUUUAAUGUGAAGCCACUGCCAAGAAGGAAAAUCAGGGAAAAAUCAGGAGAAAUGGUGGUAAAACAUGAGUGGAAACUGAAGUUACAAAACAGAAACUUGUGACAUCAGUAGGAUUUCCCACCUAUUCCGGGCUGCCAAGUCCUCAGAGUGGGGCGGACUAGAGGGUGUUUGAUGCUUCUGCAUCUACAUGACCAGAGAAGGACAAUACGAGCAGGGUGCUAACAGAACAGGCCAAAGCAAUACAAACCAAUUUAUCCCUGAAAAAUGCAGUCAUUUAAUGUUUGUUACAGUCAGUGUAUUACUACCUUUGUUUGUCAGUUUACCAAUUUGUAAUUUGUACCUGUUUGUAGUUUGUUUGCGGUAUGGUUUGGGUGCGUGUUGAUGUGAAUGUACAGUAUAAAUGUACAAAUGAGAAAUGUGAGUUUAUUAUGGAACAGUUGAGUCAUUAAGGUAAAGGUCUGUAAGGAUGCUGUCACAUAUUUGAUUUACAGAGAUGAAGACAGGUUACUGGAUCAGAGGGAAACUCGCUGGUGAAGGCAACCAAUAAACCAGUUCCAGUAUUUAGCAAAAUAAUGUUACUAUCUAUCAGCUUCAAGGAUUCAGCCUUUUGUUGGCUACACAAGCUUUAAUAAUAAUGUGUAUGUGUUGGUCACAGAGUGAUUGUGUGGGAAAGUGGAUGAUAAUAAAAUGACAAUCUUAAUUUUUUUAAUAAUGCAAAAUCUAUUUUUGCACCAAGCCUUCAUCCGUUUAAAAGCACACAUUUCAUGUAAGGGAAAUGAAUUUGCAGUAAGCGUUAUUACGAAAGCAGACAAAUUAUUCAGGCUUUUAUACAGUACCCCUCAAGUCAAACGGGAUGAUUGUGCUCAUUGGGCACUUUGCCACUGUAAGUUUGUUAAUAUUGUUUACAACAUUAACUUUGCUAGGUAACUAGAUUUUCCAUGAAUGGUUCCCAGUGUUAUUUUUGGCAUCUUUUUAUGUAUGAAUUUAAUUUAAAUCAUUAAUUACACAAAUUUUAAUAAAAGUCCAAAAGCUUG